GGAGCCGUUAGAUAAAUGUUGCCCCACCUAUUGGCCAUUCAUCUAUACCGUCUUAAUCAAACAUGUUUUGAAUUCAUAAGAGAAUAAACGAAAAUCCGGUAUGUUGUGAUGUACGGACUCAAAUGCGGUUUAUUGUAGCUUUAGGUUUCAAUAAAUAUAUCGUUGUCACUCGGUGACUGGCUGAGAAAAAUACUCACACAGCCGCAGAAAUAUACAUACAUACAUACAUACAUACAUACAUACAUACAUACAUACAUACAUUCAUACCUAUAUAAUUACAUACAUAGAUAUAAAAUACAUACAUUCAUACAUACAUACAUACAUGAUUUGUUUUAGCUAUUAUGGCCAAGACCAUUCUGGAGCAUACGUGUUCGUAAGACACAUAGCGGCUUACAUUAUGAGUUACACUAUUUCACCAAUUGUACUGGGACAGUUUGUCUAGUUCCCGUUAGUUUUUUAGUGUCGAGGAAACAAAAAGUUUCUCGAGAAAGAACAAAAAAAAACACUCCUAAAUUUCACAAAAGGACUUUAAGAAACGAUAGGAAGUAAGUUCAGUUGAAGAAAAAGAGACGGAUUUAAGGAAAUCCAGAGACAGUUCGAAUUGCCAUGAUAACUCAACAGAAAAGAUCAAAUUAAUCAGUUAUUUAAAAAAGAAAUUUCAGAGAUACUCUAAGAAAACAUUAUAUUCAACACGAAUCAUGGAAAAAGGUCAUUCGGAAUUAGUUUUGUGGCAGCUUUCACAAAAAUUGCUUGGUGAUAAUGAAAACAAACAAUUCAAAUAUUUUUUCACAGAAUUUCAACGUAAUCACUCGGUACCGAUGUUAUGUACCCGUUUAAAACCACUUAUUAACACAUCUGAACGUCUUGUCUUACUAGUGGAAAUGAGUUACCUUGUACCAAACCAUCUCUCAGACGACUAUCAUCGUAUUUGCUCACUGGAAUUUGCCAAUUAUAGUCAAGCACUUCAGGCUUGUCGUCCAGGUACGUUGCCACGGACUGAGAGAUCACGUGUCAUCGCCCAGGACUCGUCAGGUAAAACACGUAUCGUAUCACAAGGUAACUUGAAGAAGCUUAUCAUAAACCGUUCUCCUGAUUUACAGAGCAGUAAUCGAUCCUCAUCAAUGCACAACAGUAAUAAAUCUUACGAUGAAUUCGAUGACGCAGUUGAGAGUGUCUUCUUAGAUAAUAAUAUUUCACCAAAAUCACAUAGAAAGUUUGAAGAUUAUAACAACAUGAGAAACUGGCAGGAAGCAGAUUUAAGAACGGAUUCGAGGAGGUCAUCAGGUCGUAAUUACAACAACGGAAUUCGUUAUAAGAAGGAUGAAGUAACAGUCUACGAAGAUAAAGGUUUAACUAUUAGUAAAAUUUCGAAUAAUCCUGGAGAACUCGGGAAAAGGACACAUCUUGUUCAUUUGGUACGCCAAAGUGGAAACUGUAGUUUAGGUAUGUCCCUAAAAGGUGGAAUAGACGAAAAUACUCCAAUAUCAGUGGACUGGGUCGAAGAAGGAAGUUUAGCAGAUAUGCAAGGAUUGCGACGAGGAGAUCACAUUUUAGAGGUGAAUGGACACGAUUUUAGGUAUAUUACACAUGAAGCUGCAGUGAAAAUCAUGCUUCUGGCAACUGAGAUGAAUAUUUUGGUUGAUUCUUCAUUUGCAGGGAGUCUGAGAGAGGUAUCAAACCAAUCACUAAUUCAUGACUACAGGGAAGAAAAUGCCAUUAUUUACCCGUCACCACAAGGUCGUAUCGGCUGUGUCAUUACCAGGGAUGGAUUCUCAGCAAAUGAAGUUAUUGUUAAAAAAGUAAUGGCUAAUUCUCCUGCCAGCAGUGCCGGUUUGAAUGUCGGGGACCAUAUUCUAAAGAUUGAUGGUAUUGAUGUUAGUUUACUGACGGAGAAGCAAAUCAUAUCUCUUAUGACAUCUUCUAAGAAAGUGAAACUCACGUUAACAAGGUCUCAUCGUAACGGUGAUGACCUGGCAUUUUCAUCGACGAGAUCUAGUAUGGACUUUCAUCAUGACAGACCUUUCCAUAUGAGCAGAACCUACAGUUCGGAACAUCUCUAUCCAUCAUACUCUGGCAGUGAUUAUGGUGCUUAUGGCCACAACUACCCUAGAUCACCAAAGAUGAUGAAGCAUUUAAGCUCAUCUCAACCUCAUAUGUGGUAUCACAAAUCCACAACGACAUCACGAUCUGACCUAUCAAGUCCAAGCAGAAGCUUCCGCCCUAUUUCUGCGAAUAUUCCUCGAGCAUCACCAAAUGCCAAUUACUUGAGAGCUGUUUCAAGCCACUUUGAUGAUAUGCAUCUCAGUAAUUCUUACUCCUAUUACGAUCCCCACUUGGGCAGUCCGAUGACAAAGUUCCCAGGUCGUAUUUACCAAUCCCGAAGCCUUUCUAAUUUAAACAGACCCUUCCAGAGAGAGGAUUACGCUCGGAAAUAUAAAUAUAAGAAUGCCAAACACAAUUCAAAUUCUCAGCAUUUCUUUGCAGAUGAUUCUUGGCCUCUGUACUAACUAACCCCACACAGAACUGGUCCCUUGACAAGGGUGCAAGUUUACGUAAACCUAAUCAUAUUGCUUUCAGAAAGUAUAUAUAAGCUGUAUUAGGUCUUCAGAAAUUAUAUAUAAGCUUUAAUAGGUCUUCCCUCCAAAUCAAUAUUACUGUUUGACAGAAACUGGCUACAAUACCCUAUACACCCAAAAGUAAAUAGACACUCUUUAUUAAACUGCUUUAUCUACCUAUUAGUACGAUGCUCAAACGGGUUAAAUCAUUAACAGCUGCACAAGGCAUGCUUACUAAAUACCAGAUUAAAUAUAAAUAUUUAAAUGCAUCAAAUGACUUUAUUUUGUUUCCAGAAAUAAACCAUACCGAAAUGAUGGUGUCU